AGCUCGCUUGCUCGCUCACAAGCCCGCUCACCAGCCCGCUCGCUAUCGUUGCACAGCGAAUCUCGAAGAGUACAGGAUUCAAUCGGUUGAAUUCACUGACUGACGGAUUGAUUGAUCGAUCGAUCGAGCAGCAUUGGUCCGUGUAUGAUCCGGCUGCUUUAAAGUGAUCCAAGAACUCGUACGGUAUGUGGGCAGUCGUCUGCCGCAGCGGUAUGAAGCUAGGGAGUCAACGUGUUCUUGCAGACGGAGAGUGCCGAAAGAGGAGAAAGGCGUGCUCGGCGGGCUCGCUGACUCUUACCGCGGAGGGGCGCGGGGCGGCGGGCUCUGUGACUCUUCCCACGAAGGGGAGCGGGGCGGCGGCUGUCCUCGUCAUCCUUGUGUGUCUGCUUCCGGCGCUCGUUAACUCUGACGGCGAUGCAAUUCAGAGGUGCUCUCGCUCGGACCAAUGUGCGCACAUGCCUUGGAAUGACGGCGAUUGGUCAAUACCCAAAGCGGAGCUCAAGCUGCCGACGAGUGAGAGGAGCAAGUUGGUCAAAGCAGAAUGCUGCAGCGGGACGUGCAUCAAUUUGGCAAUGGACAAUCGACACUGUGGCGGAUGCGGGAGAGCCUGCGCCUCAGGCUGCUGUUUCUUUGGAUCUUGUGUACCUUGUUCGGGUGGGGUAGAGAGGACGGUGGUCUUGGAUCCGCCAAUUGCCGAGAAGCAGGCCGAAGGAGAGGAAGGGGGGGAGCGAUGGCCAUCGCCAUUGGAUGGCUCGAAAGGUGAGAAGGGAGGAGCGACGAGCCGCCCACCAGUCACCCCCUCGGUUAUGGAUUCUUCUACGGACGGCAAACCGGAGACUGGGCGAGCAUCGAGAUCGACGAAGAAGCGUAAAUCCAGGUCCAAAUUGGCGGCAAAACGCAAGUCGCGGUCCUCAGCGAAACGGAAGUUUCGACGGAAGUCGAGACCCACCAAAAAGAAGGUGCGGGUUGCCUCCGCCUGCCUCCGCCUCAACUGCGACAGAAAGGGACUUACCUGCUGCGGCGCCCGCUGCGUCAACAAAGCUUUCAACAGGUUCAACUGCGGGGCCUGCAGGAGGGUCUGCGCGAGAGGGAACUGCUGCUUCAGGGGGAGGUGCAUCUCGUGUUCUUCUUGUCGUUUCCAGCGCAAUUGGUGCGGAAAGCGUUGGGAGACGUGUUGCGGAGAUCGAUGUGUCAACCUCAGGAGUGACCAGAAGAACUGCGGCCGCUGCGGAUUCGCCUGUCCAGGUGGGCAGCUCUGCAUCGCCGGAAGCUGCAACUAUUAGCCAACAACGAACGGGAGUAGUGAGGAAGGUCCUGCGGCGAGAGGGUGGUCUUGAAUUACAUGAAUGAGUAAAUGAAUAGUCUCGUCGGCU